AUGAGCAAGAAGCGCGGCGGCAAAUCGUCCGACAAAACUUCCAAGAAAGGCAGCACCGGCAUGCCCGCGACUUCUCAUAUUCAAAUCACCACGACCGAUUCGUUGAAAAAGCCAUCCUCAAAAUCGACCACGAAGACCGCCGCCACGUCGUUUGCGGUCGGCCAGAUCGUGGACAUCCAACAAGAGUCCCGUGGCAAAUGGAAACGCGGGAAAAUCGUUUCCAUCCGACCCAUUGCCCCGACCACGUCCCGAAAGAAGCAACCACACGUGCUGUACGACGUGUCCUACGAUGGUGGCCAAAUGGAGCUCGAAAUCGACGCCGACCGCAUCCGCUGCCGCAAACAACCCGAUGCGAACCCGUUCUCCUUACGCCCUCCAGCGACCGCUGACAUUUUGGAAUUCACCAAGAUAGCCGAGGCGAGACAACUCUCUAAGCCGCGUUCACCUGCGGGUGCCAUUCCUGCAAACGACGAAGGGGUUCACCUGACCACCGCCGACCCUUCGAAUCUGCUAACCAAACGACACAACUUUGGCGAGUACGACAACGACCAAGUGGCCACUGGAGACGUGUUCAAGUCCGAAGAUCAAGUACUAGAACACCAAGCUCAGAUCCAGCGCAUUCUGGACGACCUCUUUUCGAUCCACGCGGAUGUUCACAGUGUGAAGAAAGCCCUGAGCGCGCUCUUAAAGGUCCUGCGCCUUGCUCCUCAAGUCACAGCCGACUACUUUCAUUUCAAGGCGGGCGAGACAAUCCUGCUGCACAUCAUUCGAUCGCACCAGUUGUAUUCUGUCCUGCAGUGCUACGGGUUUGUCCUGUUGCGCAAGAUGUGCCAUCUUUCCGUUGACAGCUGCGCAAUAUUUGUUCAAAAUGGCGCCAUUCCGGCCAUCGCCACCGCCCUUCGUGCAUUUCCGUCCGAUCCUAUCGUUCAGGCGUCGGGGUGCGGGGCCCUCUCAGCCCUCGGACAGCUCAGUGUCCAAGCCAUUCAAGCCAUGCUCGAGCACAACGUAGUGCCGUUGGUCGUGGCGUCGCUGGUCCAUCACCAGGACAUCAAUAACCACACACGGCAAGUUCAGUUCUACGCGAGCGAAGUUCUGUUGGCAUUGUGUGACAACAGCGGUGCCCCCGUCGCUGCCGCGAUAGUCGACCCAAUCGACGACUACACUGCUGUCCGCACGUUGGUUCUCGUCAUGCGAAAGAGCUUGAAGCUGGAUGAUAAGAAAGUGUCGUGCUCUAUUUGCACGCUACUCUUGUGUUUGCUUUCCUUGAGCAAGUCCAUCGCUCAAGUGCUUCGCCAAGCGGACGCCAUCGCCGACCUUUCGAUUGCAAUGGCAAAAUACCCGACGCACGAAGGCAUCCUCAAGUACUCGCUCCCGGCAACGCGCGAGCUGGCGGUUGCGUCCAUGCAGCAGUCGCCGUCCACAAAAGUGCGCCAAACGGCACGAAUCAUUCUCGAAGAAGAGCCGUUGAAGCGGUCGAAACCUGCGAGUCCAGCGUCCGCGCGCAAGAAACCCAAAACUGUGACGCCCUCAACCAAACCAUGGUCCUCGACUGUCCUUCCAUCUCCGUCGCAUGCUUCGUCCAAGAAGGAGUCGUCGGUGGCCACCCGAGAAAAGCUACUGCUUCAAACGUAUGGGAUGGAUCCAUCCCGUAGCAGUGCCACCAAUCCAGCGAGAUCGUCGAAAUCGCGGCAAAGCACGAGCCCUUCCCGAAAGAAUCAACUCGACAAACAAUUCGAUUUGUUCUUGGCUACGUCAAGUGGCGAUCCCAUGCCGGAGCUGCCACGUCCGCUCACGUGCUCCAAGUUGCUGCCACUGGCAACCCCUGACCCUCCAGCUGUCCGGCCCGUAACGAUGGCCACAACUCAAUCGGCCAAAAUCGACCGAUUGGACGUUCCUGUGCCGGCCAGCCCCCUGGCAGAACUCAAGUCGUUUGCGACAGAACUCUUUGAAGGCGUGAACGACCCCAUGACACCGCUGAAUCGGGUCAGCUUCGCCGACAAACUCCACCGCAUGAUUGAAAAAGCCGAAACCUCGUUGGACUCGAUCUACUUGGCGCCUCCAGCGACCGCACCAGAAGCGAUGCCCCCUCCAGCCCGUUUCGAAUCGCCGCCUGGCAUCGACACGAAAACCCCGUCCGUCAACCUCCAAAAUGGCAUUUUCACCCCGUUGAGCCAGAAGCUGCACCUCACCGUCGGGACAAAGGUCAAGUGCCGGUUCAAUGGCGGGAUUCGAUACUAUGCUGGAGUCAUCUCGCGGUGCAACGAGUCCAACCAAACAUUUGAUGUGGAUUACGUUGAUGGCGAGCAAGAAUGCGACGUGCCGUUGGAAUUCAUUCGCGUCAUGGACGCAGUGGCACCACAGCAAGCGCCGCCGUCGCCAGCCGCGUUUGCCAAUGGCGACGUAGUCGAAGCGCGGUACAAGGGCAAGGCCAAAUAUUUCCCUGGCGUGAUCCUUCGUGUGGGUGCGGCAAACCAGUCAUUCGAUAUAGCUUAUGACGACGGAGAAAUCGAAUUGGACGUCGCUCGAAACUUGAUCAAACUCGUGGGUCGAAACGAGCCGCAAGACAAGGAGGGAACAGGGUGGCGAGUCGGUCAAAAGGUUGAAGCUCGGUACAAGCAGCGGCAAAAGUACUACAAGGGCAAGAUUGCUCGCGCGCGGUCGAAUGGCACGUACGACAUCGAGUACGACGACGGCGAGAAAGAGAUCGGUGUUGCUAAGGACAUGAUUCGUGUCUUGGUCGAGCUGGAAGAGCGUCCGCAGUUCGAAGAAGGCGACUUGGUCCAAGCGCAGUACGAAGGCAACGCUCGGUUUUACAACGGGACGAUCGUGCGGUGCCGUCUCGAUGGGUCGUACGACAUCAAGUACGACGAUGGCGAUGUGGAAACGUUUGUCGCCUCCGAACGCAUCCGAAAGAGGUCGCCGCCCCCCUUUCAAUAUGCAGUCGGCACCCGCGUCGAGAUCGUGAAGGGGUCGCGAUGCCUGGUCGGAACGAUUACCAAAGUCAGCGCCCGCACGGGACAUUACUCAGUCUUGUACGACCACGGGGACAAGGAAAAAGUUGCCCCGGACAACAUUCGAGGCAUCAUCCACGAGGAAACGUUCGAGCGGCACCAACGCAUCGAAGCGCGCCCCCCGACGUCUCAAGUUUACUCGCUCGGGUUGAUUACCAAAUGCCGGUUCAAUGGAACCUACGACAUUGAGUUUGAGUCGGGGGAAGUGGCGACUGGCGUGGCUCCGUCGCUCAUCCGAUCGCUGCCGUGGCCACCCAAAGAAACCGAGUAUUCCCCCCUGUGGCACGUGGGUGACAUUGUCGAAGCCAAGUACGAGGGCAAGUUGAAAUACUUUCCAGGUGUUGUGGCGCGGGUCGAAGUGCAAGGGCCAUCGUCUGCCGUGUACGAAGUCCACUUUGAAAGCGGAUCGGUCGAGCCCCGCAUCCCAGAAGACUCGAUCCACUUGUUGCAUCGAUCCAUGCCAGGCAUACCUGUGUUUGCCUCGGGAGAGGUUGUGUUGAAACACGGCAAACUUGCCAAGGUUUGCCGGUGCUAUAUGGAUGGUACCUACGACUUGACCUACCCCAACGGAUUGAAAGAAGUCCGCGUUGCGAAGGCGGACAUAGCCAAAGCACCAAAGGACACCGCGGAAAACUUCGCCGCAGAACCGAUGGGAUCGGCCAAGGACAACGACGAACGUGUGCCGUCUUGGUUUGACGCACCAUGCAAGCACAACGAAACUAUCGCGGCAGCGCUAGUUGCAGCAGCAAGCUCCUCGGGUGAGAGGUCGACCACUGCUGAUGCCAGCUCGAGGCAAUCUGAAAUCAAAAGCCAUGGCCCUCAGGAAGACGAGUGUGGUCAGGUCAAUGAUGGCACAACACAAUGGCGGCAAACCGACCGUGAGGCGACAGGCGUCGCGCGCGAGCAUGCCAAGUAUGACAAAGUUGAAGUGGCCAACACUGUAGAAGACGCGGUGGAAUCACGAACAGCAGAUGCCGUCGCAGGUGAAGCUGCUGUUGCCUCCACAUCAAACGAUGACACCAUCGAGGCGGAACCGAUCGAAAACCAACAGAGUGAUGGAAUAUACCCACAAGAUUCAACCCACCACGGCAAGGAGUCCAGGGAAAAAGCUAUGAAUGACCAAGCCACGGCCAUUGCAAGCGUCUGCAGCUCCGCCGUUUGUGAACCGGCGACUUUUCACAGAGACAGCAAGACUGUCUUUUUUGAAAACCACGUGACUGAACCAAGUGACGACAUUUCCAUUGAACGCGAUGAACCUGAGAAAGGCAGCCAUGACAAGCCCGAGACAAAACACGAUGCGAAUGACGAAGCGAGGAUACAUUUAGAAGACGCGGCCGAGGCAAACUUGGCGCCAACGAGCCUUGUUGAUGCGAACCCGCUAGACUUUUCAGCAGACGAGAAACCAUGCCAUGUUGCAGCAACUCUGCCUGGUGAAGAUCCAUUUGCACGAGCGCUCGUGAUUCUGUCUGUGGCUGAAUCUACGGUCGACACUGUUGUCCAAGCAGCCGUCCAGGUUGUGCAAGCGAAGUCCGUUGUCUCACAACGGCAACAUGUCUUGUUCGCACUCGAACUGAAAGUGGCAAAAGCCACAGGCACCGUUCCGACCGAUGUCGCCGAGCAAAGCGCAGAUGUGACCAGCCACGAAGUUGACCCUGGUGUUCUUGAGCAUGUGGACGCUAGAGUGUCCAGCAACAAUUCUGUAGAGGUCGCAACACCACCGAGUGAUACCGAAGUCCUUGCUGUGGCGACUGAAGCUACGGUCGACGUUGAAAAUGUUGGUGGCGCAGAUGAGUCGACAAUGCGACAUUCAAACCUUCAGCUCGUCAAGUCAUUGUCGUCGUCGACAGCGGCAAAUUUAGUGAAAAACUCCAUUCGCACAGGAGUGCAACAAGCAGCCUCUCGAAAGGACCUGACCGCUAUUAGCCCGACCGAGCCCAAGGAAGCCAAUCUUGCCGUGGCUAGGGAUACAUCCGAUGAUACUGUCGACAUUUUGGUGCAAGCGAACGCCAACAUGCAAGACCUGGUCGUUGACGACACGACUUUGUCCGCCAUUUGUGUCCCUGCACUGAAAGUCGUGCCAGAGCACUUCGUUUCAAAAUUGGUCCCGACGCCAAUGCACUCUAGCGUCGCUGCUCAGGUGGUGAACAAGGCGAUUCAAGAUGCAUUGCAAGCAGCGGUGGCGUCGUCACACAAGGUGCCCAAACACGUUCAAGAGCAAACCAUUGUCCCAACACCAAGGGAUUCCCUGUCGUCCACUCCAACACCCCAACGUGACGAUGUCUAUAUCGUGCCGCAACCCUCUCACGAAGUUGUCCCACCCUUGCGGGUAUCCUCGAUACGACCGUUGUCUCUGAUGGCAAGCACCAUUGAAUUGGCUGCACAAGUCGUCGAUACUGCCGUUGCCAAUGCCCUCGCCGCUCAUGCAUCGCUGCCAUACCUGACAUCUGGUAUAUAUCCGGCACUUUCCAUUCGCAACGAGGUACAGCCCGAGCCAGCAGACUCAUCCGAGUCUUUCCCAUCUGCACCGAAGCAUUUGACGGCUCAAGAGGUGGACAUCACAGCAAUCGCUGCCGCUUCAAAUUUGGUGGAUACUGGUCCUCAAGAUGCUCUUUGUACCGAAGUGCACGACGAGAUAGCAAGCAACACACCCUUUGGAAAUGACGGAGAUAUUACCAACGACGACGACAUCAGUGACGAUAUUUCGCUCGAAGUGGCCAUGAUAGCCAAGUCAAUUGUCAUGCUGUGUUUAUACGAUGGCAUUCUGCACGUUGCAAAUCGAGUUGUUGCUGACAAAACUGCGGAAGAACAGCCUUUGGAUGAAGAACCGGCGACGGUACGCAACGACGGGGUGAUUGACGGCCAACUGCACGCUUGUGUGGCGGCACCGUCCGAAUCAUCUCCAGCGAUUCAACUCGACGGCGCCUCUUUUGACAGUGCAAGCCCCAUCACAGUUGCCGAGACAAGGCCGACACCAUCGUGUCACCACGACAACGUCAAACCGCUUGCAACGGCAGAUGAUCCAACCGUGGUGGAUUCGGCUAGUGGUGAUGCAAAUGAAAAUGCAUCGUGCACCCAAGAGAUCCAUUCCUCCAAGUUCGAUUUGAUUUGCCCAGUCCCUGCGACAAGCAACCAAACAUCUCAAGAAGCGAUUGCUACUGUGAACCGUAUUCUGUUCACUGUGGUCGAGAGGCUCGUGAACGAGAGUGAAGUUUUGGCCGAGCCAACGCUGUCGAAACCUCGACCGCAUGUCGACAAUCAUAACCCUGCAUGCGACCAACUUGCUGGUUUCCAGACGGAUAAAACGAAAGGUGGCGCUGACAACCAGAUCACAUCAGCCAGCAAAAACGCACACGAAGAACCCUUUGCAUACAGCAUGAUAGCCGAAGAAUAUGACGUUCCCACGAAUCGACUUGACAGCAUUAUACCGUCUGCCAACAAUCGCAACGAUUCAAGGCAGAUCGGCGACAAUGAACAAGAACUACAGAUUGACAAUUCAUCCACCCAUACAUCACAUGGAAACCAAGGAAACCAGGAUCUCAAUGAAGCCAAGGCCGACCAAAGACACCACUCUUACCAGCGUCCUGACAAUUUCACCCCCGAGAGCACGAAUGACGUCGAAUCAUAUGCGAACGACGUCGACGAGUUCGCAGACAAGGAGACGGCGCCCGAACCAGCCGCGACCGCCGAGGAAGCGCAACCUUCCCCUGCGGAGGACGACGGUGCUGCGUAUGGCCAAGACGAAGAAUUCGAGCAAACCGAAGCACCUGACGACAGCGCUGGUGCGGGCACGGCAGCACCCCCUACGGCAGACUCAGCGACGGUGGCGGAGGUCGUGACGUCAAUCGGCGAGGCGCUUCUGGACCAAUCGCCAUCCGAAGCAGCUGCCGCCAGCGAGCUCCCUGCCGCCGCCACGACGGCAGGCGCGGACGCCGUCGAAGCAUAUGCGAACGACGUCGACGAGUUCGCAGACAAGGAGACGGCGCCCGAACCAGCCGCGACCGCCGAGGAGGCGCAACCUUCCCCUGCGGAGGACGACGGUGCUGCGUAUGGCCAAGACGAAGAAUUCGAGCAAACCGAAGCACCUGACGACAGCGCUGGUGCGGGCACGGCAGCACCCCCUACGGCAGACUCAGCGACGGUGGCGGAGGUCGUGACGUCAAUCGGCGAGGCGCUUCUGGACCAAUCGCCAUCCGAAGCAGCUGCCGCCAGCGAGCUCCCUGCCGCCGCCACGACGGCAGGCGCGGACGCCGUCGAAGCAUAUGCGAACGACGUCGACGAGUUCGCAGACAAGGAGACGGCGCCCGAACCAGCCGCGACCGCCGAGGAAGCGCAACCUUCCCCUGCGGAGGACGACGGUGCUGCGUAUGGCCAAGACGAAGAAUUCGAGCAAACCGAAGCACCUGACGACAGCGCUGGUGCGGGCACGGCAGCACCCCCUACGGCAGACUCAGCGACGGUGGCGGAGGUCGUGACGUCAAUCGGCGAGGCGCUUCUGGACCAAUCGCCAUCCGAAGCAGCUGCCGCCAGCGAGCUCCCUGCCGCCGCCACGACGGCAGGCGCGGACGCCGUCGAAGCAUAUGCGAACGACGUCGACGAGUUCGCAGACAAGGAGACGGCGCCCGAACCAGCCGCGACCGCCGAGGAAGCGCAACCUUCCCCUGCGGAGGACGACGCGCUGGUGCGGGCACGGCAGCACCCCCUACGGCAGACUCAGCGACGGUGGCGGAGGUCGUGA